CAUAAAAGAAAUAUUAUUCGCAGCUGUUCAUACAUUAUCCAUUGAAGAUGAAGUUCAAAACACUUGGCUUGAUGUGGUUUUGGCUUUAUAAAAAUAUCAGUUUCCGAGAGGAAGCGACUCAGUCACCUAUUCUCAUCUAUCUCAACAUGGUCGCUAAGUGGUCGAUGCUCGCCAUUUUAUUUAGUGGAUUACUUUAUCUAAGUAACACCCAGACUACGGAUUGUUCGAAUAAUUGUAUGCUUCGUGCCAGGUGUACGCCCUACUAUAAGGACCUGGUUUGGGCAGUUGUGGACCGUGUGUGUCGUGUUUUCCAGAACGACUGCAUCUUUGGCAAUGAGAACUGUAUGAGAGCCAAUCAAUGCCUGCCACCUAUGGUGGCCACUACCAAGGAGAAGUGCAUGGAGUCCUGCCCCAGGAUGUGUUCUCGCGGAGGUCCGCCGGUAUGUGGCUGGUUUCCCUUCACGGACAGCAACGGAGUUAAUGGCGGAAGGAGCCGAACCUUCCGAAGCCGAUGCCUUCUGGAUCUAUAUGCCUGCCGAAAUGCCGAAGCUUAUGUCAACGAGCCACAAAUUGGAGCUUGCCCAGCAGAGAAUUAGCAUUCAUACCAAUAAUGUGUUAAACUAAAUAAAUAAAUAAAGUGUAAUUAACUCUCAA